UGGAAACUGGAGCGUGGAUGACUACCGUUGCUCUUAGCACUGGAUAAAUAGUGAAUGAAAUGUCAAAACUGAUGUUUAUUUCAUAAUAUUACAUUUGAAUGAGAGAUGUUGGCUGAGGUUCCAGGGAACCCUCUAAGCUCUGGCCCCCUCUGGACAGCCACCUGUGGUAAAGAUGAAAAGGGCCCAGGCCUAACCCUGCAGCGGUCAAGGGAUGCCCAGAGGAAGAUGUCCUCCCAGCGUUGCUGCUUCCUAGGGGUAGAGACCUGGGCAGAGCUGAAGUGGGAGGACUGGGAGCUGGGAGGGGAGUUCACUAAGACCCUGCUGCUGAAGAACAUCCAUAGUAAACUACAGAAACUACGUUUCAGGCCUCCUGUGUCAAAGUUCUUCACCACCCUGUUUCCUCAGAUCAUCACUCUGAGUCCUGGAACGUCUUUUUCUCUUCCUGUUACAUUCCGCCCCCUUGAUAGGUGUGAGUACCAGGACACCAUAGAGUUCCACAGUAAAGAUGGGUUGUUCCAGGUGUCUCUGAGGGCGACCAUACCUCGCCAUGCUCUGGACGUACCCGAGUCUGUCCUCCUACCGCCCUGUGCUGUUCUCCACCAAUCACAGACCACCUUCAUGUUCCGCAACGCCAGUAAGCUGCAGACAGGUUUCCAGUGGGAGGUGCCCUCUCCCUUCCAGCUGUGUCCAGAGAGCGGGAUGUUGGAGCCGGGUCAGGAGCGUAGAAUCACGGUGCUCUUCAGACCACGGGAGGCGUUGGUCUACCAGGUCCAGGCUAGCUGUGCCUUCGGGGACGAGGGAGAGAACAGCUGUACUGUGCUCCUACAGGGCCUAUCAAAGUACCCGUUCCUUCAGAUCAGUGCCCCGGGUCAGGAGGAAGGAUGUAAGGUGCUGGAGUUUGGCAAUGUGCCUGUCGGCUGCACCAUGGAAAGACACUUUGAGAUUCUCAAUCCAUCCUCAAUAACGACUUCCUUUAGUCUGUCCAGGAUGCAGCGUCCGGUGCUGUCAGAGUCAGUGUUCCAGUGUGGUAUCCAGAAGGGAGAGGUGGCCCCGCGUACCUCCAUCAGGGUACCUGUGAUUUUCUCUCCUGUAACUGUGGACAGCACCACUGUGGACUACCUGUCUCUCACCUGCCCUGGGGCGCUCAGCAAAACCCUGCUCAAAGUCACCGGCACCUGCAUAGGUCCUCAGGUGUCCCUGUGCUCCUCCAUGCUGGACUUUGGCUGUGUGGACGAGGGUGAGGAGGCCUUGCGUACCGUGGACAUCAUCAACUCCUCCUCUGUGGAGGCCCAGUACCAGUUUGACUUGGACACCACAGGGCAUAGUGUCUUCACUUUGGAGUCAGCUUGUGGUGCCCUGCCACCCAACAGCCACCGGAGCCUACGCCUGCUCUUCAGACCACACCACCCCAUGGGGCACCACAGGAGGGUGGUCUGUCUGCUGCUACACAGGGAGCCUCUGUUCCUGGACCUGAUAGGGACCUGUCACUCUGAGCAGCUGAAACCAGCCAUCCUUCACCCCAGACACCUGGUCCUGUACCGGCAGCACCUGGCCCGGGGACUCACCUGCUACCCUCCUGAUGUACUCAGUGCCAUGCUGGCAGAGGACAAGAUCCAGGUGGACCAGGAGGGAGCUCUGAUGUUACAUGAGGAUCCUGCUGCUGUGCCAGAAAAGAGUCCUAUGGAGGAAUAUUACCAGGGCUGUGCAGGGGGCAAGGUGGAGGCUGAGCUAGGAUGCAGCGGUGAGGGGUCCAGCACCAACAGUUCCCACGUCACAGUGGAUCCCCCAGAGCUGCUAUUCCUCAACGGCUACCUCUCUACCUCCCAGUCUGUGACUCUCUCCAAUCACACCAAGGGCAAGCUCAGCUUGGUCUGGACCCCGGCUCCUAACUCCCCCUUCUCCGUCACACCCUCGUCAUGUGAUCUGGGACCCCUGAAGUCGACUGCUUUCAGAGUCAGCUACACGCCCAAGCAGCACAACACCUUCCAUGGGGCACAGCUAGAGUGCUUUGCUCACUACAAGGUGUUGAGGGACCAUCGCCAGGUAGAGGACCGUACCUUGUGCCCUUCCUGGUGUGUCACAGUCCGGGUCAUUGGACACUCCUUCCAGCCUGGCCGGGAGCAUUUCAUCCCCCGCUUCUCCUUGCAGCACCCCCGGGUGGUCUUCCCUGCUCUGAGCCUGGUCUCGUACAGGACUGUGCUCCUGGAUAACAUGGGAGACCUACCUUUAGUGUUCAGGCUGGACCCGGAGGAGUGUCCUUCAGUCACUGUUCAGCCCACCAGCGGCCUGGUCCAACCUGGACACCACCAGAUUCUCACCCUCAGGACCACCCCAUCCGAGGACUGCCCUGCCAAGCUACCCCUCACCUUGCACUUCAAUGCCAGUCCCAAGCACACCCAGGAGUUGUCGGUGGUGAGUGUGGUAGAGAAGCUGUGUCUGUCUCUGGAAGGAGAAGGUAGUCUGUUCUUCAAACCCACGGCGGUGGGCUCCUGCUCCCAAAGCCCCUACAGGGUCAGGAACCUGACCAGGCUACCUCUGAGGUUCCACUGGAGGAUCCCUGGACCUGACCAACGUUUUAUCUCUGUGGCGCCUGACACGGGAGUCCUGCAGCCCAAUGAGACCAUGGUGCAGACGUGGUCCUUCACCCCAUUUGAGGAAAUGGUUUACAAUCUGAAGCCCAACUUGACCUUCUGGCCAAUCCAGACGCCCGGAUGCAGGAAGUCCCGCCUCCCCUUGAAAGUUGUGGGCAUGGCCUCCAAAGGAUCCAUCCAGGCAGAGCAUAGCGUGCUGGACCUGGGGGAGGUGUUGGUGGGAGACUGCAGGUCCUUCGAGGUGCCUCUCAUCAACAACGGUUCCUGUCCUGUCAGCUUCUGUUUGUCUGUACAACAGAGCCUGUUAGACCCGGGGCUGCCUGAGAACACACAGAAGAAAGACCCUGUUGCCCUGGAGCUGGACUCUGUGAGAGGCACCAUCCCAGCUCGCUCCAGGCUGCUGAUCCGCUCCACUGUGAGGCCUGCCAGGAGGACCAGAUACUGCUGGGACCUCACCUACCAGACACUCAGCUCUACAGGCUCUGUGCUGGAUGCUCCCCAGGCUCUGUGCCAGGUGCUGGGUGAAGGGGUGUUCCCCACCCUGGAGGUGACAGAUGUGCGUUGCAGUGGCAGCGUGGAGGGGCUCAGCAAGCUGCAGAUCUGGAGCCUUUUUUCUCUGGGACAACUCAACGCCCACCUGCAGAGAGACCCCGCCCCGCCGGAGCUCACCUAUCGGGUGCCCACCAGACACAGUCUGCGUCGUUGUCCCUCCAUCUUCACGUCGGCCAUGUUGGAUUUCAACUUCAGCGCUGCUCCUCUGGGCUCAGACCCCUCCAGUGUGCUGCUGAUGUUUGAGAACACUGGGAGCAUCCCUGUCGAGUGGUCGUUCCUGUUCCCAGAAGACCAGCAGAUAGAGCUUGAGUACUGGGCUGAGACUGGGGAGUUCAGCACUACAGAGCUCCACCAUAUGAAGGUGCAGGAUAACAGGCUGUUUAAUAUAACACCCCGCUCUGGUAAACUACAUCCAGGACAGCAGAAGGCAGUGACAUUUAGCUACAGACAUGACUUUGCUGGUACUGACCGUCUCCCAGUCCUGUUCAAGCUAUCUCACGGCAGAGAGAUUCUGUUGAACUUCAUGGGAGUGACGGUGGAGAGAGACAGGCACUACCUCCACUUCACCUCCACCAAGCACGUCUUCGCCCCAGUGGCAAUCGGGGGGUUCAGUCCACCUAAACAGGUGUAUGAGCUGUACAACGGAGGGGCUAUCCCUCUGAGGUACCGUGUGGACACAGAGCCCCUUGAGCAGCUGACGGCUGAUAACUUUGGUCACCCCGUGCUGCAGUGUCUCAUCCCCCAGGGAGAGGUGAAGCCUGGCAGGACAGCCCUGCUGGAGUGGGUCCUCUCCCCCCUGGAGGCAAAGACUUACAGUGUGGACAUCUCUAUCCAUGUGCUGGAGGGAGACACUAUGCUGUUGACGUUUGAAGGCUGUGGGUUUGAUAACAGUGUGCUGGGAGAGUCGGCACCAGUACAGCUUCAUGAUGCCUACAUGUCUGUCCCCAGCACACAGAGGAUGGCCCUGCCCAACCAGGUGCUGUUCCUGUCAGAGGAGAGAUUGUCUCUUGGGGACAUCCCAGUCUGCUGUCGCUCCACACGGGUCCUGUUCCUGACGAAUGUCUCCCACAGUGACAGAGUCCUCUACACCUGGAAUCUGACUGACCAGUCAGUCCAGAUCUACCCAGAGAAUGGUACUCUGUCUCCAGGGGAGAGUUCUCUCUGUAUCCUGACUCUCCAGGCCUCUGGCAGCCCCAGCUUCUACCAGCUAGACAUCAUCUGUGAGGUGACCCUGGAGGAAGCUCUAUCUCAGUACCAUCAGGAUCUACAGCAGUGGGAGCUGGAGAGAGACAGACAGACGAACGAGUUUACCCUGACUGAGAAAGACCUGCAGCCGAGUCAGACCAGCUACCCCCAGGGUCAUACACCGAGUCAGACCAGCUACCCCCAGGGUCAUACACAGAAUCAGACCAGCUACCCCCAGGGUCAUACACAGAAUCAGACCAGCUACCCCCAGGGUCAUACACAGAAUCAGACCAGCUACCCCCAGGGUCAUACACCGAAUCAGACCAGCUACCCCCAGGGUCAUGCACAGAAUCAGACCAGCUACCCCCAGGGUCAUACACCGAGUCAGACCAGCUACCCCCAGGGUCAUACACCGAGUCAGACCAGCUACCCCCAGGGUCAUACACAGAAUCAGACCAGCUACCCCCAGGGUCAUGCACAGAAUCAGACCAGCUACCCCCAGGGUCAUACACCGAGUCAGACCAGCUACCCCCAGGGUCAUACACAGAAUCAGACCAGCUACCCCCAGGGUCAUGCACAGAAUCAGACCAGCUACCCCCAGGGUCAUACACCGAGUCAGACCAGCUACCCCCAGGGUCAUACACCGAGUCAGACCAGCUACCCCCAGGGUCAUACACAGAAUCAAACAAAGGAGAGCAACACUAAGGAGGUUGUACCUUCCCCACAGAAGCCUGGACCUGUAGUCAGGAAGUACAAGACUCUGCCUCCUAUCCAUAGCAGCAGCAGCAGUGCCGUGGUGGGGGGUAUGUGUACCAGGCCCAGUCGUGCUGAGCGGAGGGCCCAGAGAGAGGCUAGCCAGGUAUGGAGGAGACCUGAACCGCCCUGCCCCACCCUGCUACACCUGGGGGUCACCGCCCGCUCACACUCCCUCCUAGAGUUCCAGACCUUCUUCCCCUCCCUGCUCAGCACACACCACAUCAACAGGUCGGCCCGGCCCAAUGUGACCCGUUGUGAAUCCCGUCAGAGCAGACCUCCAUCUGUAGACAUGCCCCCUCUCAGCCACGGACCAGAGAGAGACAUCAUUACCCACACGCUCACCUCUAUAUUCAGGAGCCUCCUGGACGACCCUCGCUUCCACCACUCUCUGGUGAACGGUGUGGCUGAACCCGUGCCUUACUUCACCCAGCUGAGACAGACUGCUUACUCCCCUACCACACCUCUCCCUGGGGCUGCUUCGCCCUAUCCUGGUACCUCCAGGCCCUAUCCUGGGACCAGGGAGGCCCAUCCACCUUACCCCCCUACUCCUCAGCUCCUCAUGGGGGGCAGUCUGUACAGUGCUGGGGUAACAGAGGUAACAAAGCAACAGCCACAGACCCCGAAGCCAACAGUGAAGCGAGAGCAUCAGUUCAGCAUUCAGGAGACCAUCCGCAGGUUGCCAGAGUUCUGUGACGUGACAGAGGAGGUUCUCCUCAACACCUUACAGAACCUGAUUGUGGAGGCCUUCCUGGGAGAGCUGGUCCUUACAGCCAGGCCACGAAUCAUCGCCCUUCCUCCUGUCUCUGCCAGGAGGAACAGCUGUGGUUCCAGGAGGCUGUCUAGAGGGGCCACUGACCCAGACAGGAGCAGAGAGACCAGGGGGGCUCCUCCUCUGGGUCUCAGCUUCAGCCCUGGCCCCCACCUACCACCCUCUGCACUACUGGCCAACCUGGACCUAACCUAACAUGGACCUAACCAGUGUUUUACUCCACACAAUGCCUCAACAUUACUUCAUACCCAAUAAAUAACUUGAAAAAAAAAUAAAAAAAUGAAAAGUUCAAUGAAAGUUGAUUUGACCAUUUUAAAUAGCGAUUCACGUCUCGAUGCCCUGAUCUACAAUGUGUUUAGUACUUUCACACCCUCAUUUACCUGAUAGUAUCUCUGUGAAGCGCUGGACAGUUUCACUUCACUAUUUCUAGCCUUUUAUAAUAAACUCAAACAUUGAAAACAGACCAUUCCAAAAACAUUUUUUGUUUAUUAAAAAGGAAUUCAGUCCACAGUAGUUAAGACUUUGGCACCUACAAUAAACAUUUUUUUUUUUAACAAAACGUGUGCACCCCAAAUAGCAUUAAAAAAAAAUGCUUGGAUAAAAGGGAUAAAUAAAAACACAUUUCUUUUUUGUGUGAAAAUUAAAAACAGCAGUUGAGAUCGGUAUAAAACAAUGCAACUCAACUGGCAGCCAUCUUAGAGCUUCCGUCCACAAAAUGGCAGAAGUACAUGAAAACAA